UUCGGGUUAAAAAUUAUGUUGAACAGCAGUUUUUCCAGGAUUAUUCAACUUUUGAGAACGCAACAAAAACGAGGAAGCGAAGAAUGGAUUAAAUGGGAUCCUAAUUGUUCAAUUUAUAGAAAUGAAGAACUCCAUGCAAUUAUGGACCGUGUAUGUGAGAUGUGUCAUGAGAUGUUCUCACAUGAACAGACUAAUCUUAGGGCAGAAUGCAGAAAAAACUGUUUUCGUAACAAAAAAUUUCGCGGUUGCUUACAAUUAUUUUCUCCUGCCGAAGAGGGCUGGUGGAAAGACCAUCAUUGA